AUGGGGAAAGGGGCAAGAAACAAGAAGCAAGCGGCGGCGGCCGGUGGCUCCGGCAAAGUUCUUGGUGCAGUGGUCAGAGUCAGACCUUUGCAGGAAGUUGAAGCCAAAGUCGGAACUCUCGCCGAUUCGAUUACUGGUCUUCUUGGAGCUGUGGAAACCAUGUCUCUGCAACUCGGAGAGAUUUCAUCUUCUGUGAAGGGUGUAUUUGUUUCGGGCUGUGGGAAAUCAACUCCAGCUGAGCCUGUCCUGUUAAUGGAUUCUGAGACAGAUAUUGUUUCGGAGUUUCGUAAUUUGAAACAGAACACUAAUGUGGCAGAGUACCGGGAGAAAUUUGAGGAAUUGAGAGACUUGCUUCUUGAGUGGCUCAAGCCUGACAUAAAGCUUUCGAUUGGGAAUCGGAAACCAAAGACCCUUUGCCAUGCUUUCAACCUUGCACACAUUGAGGAGAUAGAAAUGGAGGUGAUGAAAGACAAGCUAAUGUCCUCGGGUGGAAAUGAGCAGAACAUGCCAUCAAAGUACCCUCUGGUGGAUUUGGGUCCAGACCAUCCCUUGAAAUUUGGAGCUUUAGUUGGUGAAAAUCCUAUAAAAAUCCUAAUAUGUACUGAAAAUGUACAUAACUAUGAUUAUGCUUCUUUAGCAAUAUCAACAGGUCGUGAGAUUGAGGAAGGUGAACCAAUACUGGUAAACUUUUCACUGCUUGGGUACAGGGAAGUUAGCCGGUUCAAAUGUCCAAGUUUCCGGUGGACAGUAAAGGGGGAAGAGUCUGUUGCCGAUGUGAGGAUAGUUGAGAUAAAGGCAGCUUACCAGGUUUUGUUAGGCAAAGACUGGCUGCAUUAUGACUUCCUUCUCCGCCACACUCCUGUAGGAAUGACACUCGAAACAGAAGGAGAGAUCAUAGGAAUGGGGUUGUUGGAUAAGCGCAAAGCAGCUGCGAGCUCGAAGAGCAAUAGGAUGUAA